AUGGAUGUUUUGAGAAAGCGACUGAAUGAAUUUAGAGAAGAGGAAGACGAUUUAAGAAGUAAAGUCUCAGACAUUGAAAGUCAGAUUAAGUGUGUGGUCGAUGAAACUCACAAGGUUAAUUCAGAACAGUAUGAACUUGCUGCUAAAGAAAUGUUACUUAAGCAAAAGUGUCAAACGCAAAACGACAGAUUAAAAGAUGCGCUUAACAGGCUUUCCGACCAUCAAGAUAGUCAUGACCAUCAUUCUAGAAAAUUGGAAAACUUGAACCACAAGAAUUAUAGCCAGGACUCGAAAAUGGAUGAAUUAGAAACAGAGCUGAUGCGACUGCGGAAUGAGUGCUUGGAAGUUCAGGCUCGUGUUGAUGAAACUGUAAUUCAUCUGAAACAUGUAGAAUUUGCCAAAGAAAAUGCUGAAAAACGAGCCAGUGCAACCGAGUCGAAAGUUCAAGACCUCGAAUCGCAACAUACAUCCACAUUAGAGGCUUUGAGACGUGCUGAGCUAAGUGAUAUACAGUAUCUAUCUACAGAUGAUUUGGAAAUGAAGGAAAAAGACUUACGGGAACAGUUGCAGAGGGCGAUCGAUACAUAUGAGAAUUCCGAAAGAAACAUUGCUACGCUCGAUCGACAAAUUAAAUCACGUAAAGCUGAAUUAUUAAAACAACGAACUGAAAAUGAAAAACUAAAAAAAGAAAUGGAAUUAUUUUUCAAAGAGAUGCAUGAUAUGUGA